GCCAAUGGCCGCGUGAAUUUUAACUUUACAAUUUUGGCGGUAGUACGAAGAUGGCGGAAAAUUUGAAAGAAUGCAAAGCAGCAUGUCUUGCUACUUUGGACCAACUGGAAGUGGUUUGUCGAGAGGAAGGGGUCAAAUGCGAAGACCUGGGGGUCAACAAGAACAACCUGUGUGAAUAUGAAGUGGAAUACCUGUGUAACUACCAAAGAAAAGUGAUCACUGAUGGGAAAACACCGGAAACACGGGAGCUGUACUUGGUAAAAUGGAAAGGCUAUCCGGAGUCAAUGAACUCGUGGGAGCCACGGAAGAACCUAAAGUGCACUGAUCUGCUUAAACAGUUCUGGGAGGAUUUGACAUGUGAGAUGGUGCGGUUAAAGAAACGCAGCGUCCCAAAGAAACUAGACGCUUCCAUUGUUUCCCAUCUUGUCCAGCGAGCAAAGCUUAGACAAACCCUCAAACUCUGGGAGAAUCACCUGAACAGCCUGGGCUCAGACAAAGGUCGCAUCUACGUGGAAAACCUGGUAGACAUGGAGGGUCCUCCUAAGAACUUCACCUACAUUAACGAUUACAAGGUGGGUGACGGUAUCUCUCUUAACGAGGUGGCUGUUGGCUGUGAAUGUACAGACUGUCUGAACAGUCCUCUGGAGGGCUGCUGUGCUGGAGCUUCACAGCACAAAUUUGCCUAUAACGACUCAGGACAAGUGCGCAUUCGACCUGGACUACCCAUCUACGAAUGCAACAAGCGAUGUCGCUGUGGGCCCGACUGUCCCAACAGGGUAGUGCAGAGGGGCAUUCAGUAUUCACUGUGCAUCUUUAGGACAGACAACGGCAGGGGCUGGGGGGUACGGACCAUGGAGCGCAUUCGCAAGAACACCUUCGUCAUGGAGUAUGUAGGAGAGAUCAUCACUACAGAAGAAGCAGAAAGGCGAGGUCAUGUCUAUGAUAAAGAAGGAGCCACCUACCUGUUUGACCUGGAUUAUGUGGAUGAUGAAUAUACAGUAGAUGCUGCUCACUAUGGCAACAUUUCUCACUUCGUCAAUCACAGUUGUGAUCCGAAUCUUCAGGUGUAUAAUGUCUUUAUAGAAAACUUGGAUGAGAGACUGCCACGGAUAGCUUUCUUUGCCACUCGUGCCAUUAAACCAGGGGAGGAGCUCACCUUUGACUACAAAAUGCAGAUGUGCCAGUGUUCCAGAACCAAAGAUGUGACAGUUGAUCCAGUAGAUGCAGAAAGCACAAAGAUGGACUCGAAUUUCAGUUUGACGGGACUCCCAGGUUCUCCUAAGAAACGCAUGCGUAUAGAGUGUAAAUGUGGUGUGCCAACAUGUCGAAAGUAUCUAUUUUAGCUGACCCAGAGACUGGAAGAGCACGUCAUGUCACAUUGUUCCAAAAAUAAUAGUGGCUGUAAAGGAUAAUAGCAAAAUCUCAUAACAUUUUAACAAACUUGUACAAAUCAUUAUCCAUGAUUACUCUCAAAGUGUGUCCUGCUAUAUUGUAGCACUAUUUUAAUUUAAUGAAUUUCAUAUUGUAAAAGGUCUGGUGAGAUCAGGGAUUUCUGUCCUCUGUUCACACCUCUGAUUCUAAUCUCUAACUCAUUCCCAACACUUUCAUGGGCUGAAGAGGAUGAACACAUCUGUAGGACUGGAAUGUGAAACUCCUGGUUUAUACUUUAAUGGUCUUCCAAAAUUCAUUGAUUUUAGCAGUUUUCUUCCUUGACAUUUGGCAUGUUGCCAUCAGGUCACAUUUCACUACAUUGCAUAAUAUACAGGUCUUUGUAAAUGCAUUUUUUUUCCCAUUAAGUCAAAGAUAUCGAUCAUUGUCAGUUUGGCAGGGGAUUGUGUUUAUCCUUUUCUUUUUUUAAAUUGAAAUUUAAUAGUUUAGUUAUUUUUAUGAGAAGGCUUCUUUUUUAUGAAACGGUGAUGUUGCAGGUAAGUACAUUAGUAAUAAAAUAUAAAGGAUGGUUUUAUAUGAAUGUUGGUUAAACCCAUUGAGGUUUAUGUUGAGUCUUAAUUUGGUGUCAUCUGUGUCAUCUGUGUCUGGAAAACUACUUGUGUGCAGCUUUGAUUUCAUUAACCUGCCAGCAGGGGGCAAAACUGUAUUGAUAAUGCCAGAGAUGGGGGGGGGAGGGCAGAUGUGCUUUUUUUUUAUGAAUUUUGUAUUGGAAAUUUUUCCCCCCCACACUCAUGAGUUCUACAUUUAUUUAAUCUUCAUUUGAAUUUUAUAGCAGAGUGCAGAUGACUGCUUUAGUGAUAUUCUGACUGUACUGUUUAUAUGAGCCUUUGGUAUUUUCUAAAUAUCUCUGUGUUUAUUAUUUUCUAUGUUGUUGCAAUAACCUGUGAUGUACAGAGGGGUGGCGUAUUAAAGGAAAACCCUUUAAAAGAAAGAACAAUUUGUUAGGCUAUCAGGAACUUCUUACUAAAAAAUACUCCUUCAGGUGGUGUUUUGACAUUGAUGCUGUUUAACAAGAUCUGGUGAAUGUAAAGGCCAAGGUGUAUGUUUUCACAUAAUUUUUGAUACUUAUCAAACUCCAAACUCAAACUGUUAUUACAAUGCCCUUUAUAGCAUAAAGGCUACUGGGUUUUUUGUUUUUUUUCUGGUCACCUGUCUGUAUCUGGCAGACUUUUAUCUCCACAUACUGUUAAUAUAAAUGUACUGUUGUGAUAAAACUAAUUAUUGCCGUUGACAUUGGGGGGGGAGCUACCAACUGACAUUAGCUGGUGCACAUAUUGUAUUUGUAUGAGAAAUAUUAAAUUAGUAAUUUUAUAAACGUAUGAAAACUAUACAAAUUUAAGAUUGUGCAUUUUCUUUGUUUUGGCCUUUUAUUUCACCCAUGUAUGCUCUGACAGCCUGUUUCAACAAGAAAUGAUUUUCCACAGCUCAAAAAAUGUAAUCUUGAAAUGAUACCUGCCCUGUUAUUGUGAUUUCUGAUCAGGCCUUUAACCAUACAUUUGUUUUCGCUGUUAAGUAUUAUCAGAAUGAAAUGUCUUUUGCUCUUUGGAAGGUUGUACAACAGAAAAAAUGUGAAAUAAAAAAAACCCCCAACUUAAAA